AGGACCUUUAACCUUUGACCUUAUAAGAAUUGCUUUCCAUUUGGAAUGUGAGCUUCUCCAUGUGGACUGAUGAAUGGCGUAUGGAACUAUAAAUACCUACCUGCAGCACGUUGAGCGUGCAUUGCAGGCCUGUGAUGGUGCUUUACUUGCUGAACUGGUAUCGUUUAGACAUCCACAUGUUCAGAACCCCAGAUUACAGGAUGAUUUUGAGAACAAAUGUCAAGCGUAUCUGGAGCCUCCGUUUGACGAAAUGGUGGCUGCUCAUAUCAGGGGGGUGGGUGCUCAGAGGAUGGGUGACGUCAAGGAGAUGUGUGCCUGUCAGACAAUAGUAGUGCAAUCAUUUCUGAGGGCUCUUCAAGCACAAAAGGAGGAGAAUUGGGCUCUGCCAGUACUCAAGAUGGUUGUGCUGGACCUACGACUGUUUGCUCUGAGAGCUGAGAAGGACCUAGUCCCCACAGGGAAAGCCAAACCAGGGGAAAUGCUAGAGAAAGCUGCAGACGCUAUCAUGUCCUGUUUUAGAGUCUGUGUCAGUGACAGUCGAACUUCACUGGAGUAUUCCAAAAAAUGGGGCACCCUGGCUUUAGUGAACCAACUCAUGAAAAUUUACUUCAAGAUCAACAAACUUCACUUGUGUAAGCCUCUCAUUAGAGCCAUUGACAGUUCAGACAUUAAGGAUCAGUUCAGUAUGGCUGACUUGGUCACAUACAAGUAUUUUGUAGGGAAAAAGGCAAUGUUUGACAGUGAAUUCAAAAAAGCUGCCGAGUACCUGCAGUUUGCGUUUAAUCACUGCCAUAUUACAGCCAGAAAAAACAAGAGACUGAUCCUCACCUACCUAGUACCUGUCAAGCUAUUGCUGGGUCACCUACCUCAGCGAGUACUGCUCCAGAAGUAUAAAUUGCUCCAGUUUGAAGACAUCUCUAAAGCCGUUAGGUAUGUACAAAUUGCACUAAAUGCUUUCCUUUAUACCACCCCCUGUAGUCAAGGCAACCUCCUUUUGCUGGCCAAGAGCAUGAAGAAUCAUGAACCAUUCUUCAUUCACUAUCGUGUUUAUCUCAUACUAGAGAAGCUAAAGAUGAUUACCUACCGAAAUCUCUUCAAGAAAGUGUAUCUAUUGAUGGGAACCUUCCAACUGCCUCUGGCUGGGUUCCUAGGAGCCCUGCACUCCCUUGGGGAGAAAGACAUGGAUGUGGAUGAGGUCCAGUGCAUCCUGGCUAACCUCAUCGACAAGGCAUUCAUUCGAGGUUACAUCUCCCAUCAACAUCAGAAACUGGUAGUUAGCAAACAGAAUCCUUUUCCUACUGUAUCGACUGUUCUUAAACAGCAAACAUGCACCUAAAUCAUUAAUUUUUGUUGCCCUGA